AUGGGAUCUCAACCAGACUACAGCCUUCCGCCACAAGAGGUUUCCUUCUCGGGCUUCUUGUUUGACAUGGAUGGGACCAUUAUCGACUCUACUCCAGCUGUUGUCAAGCAUUGGCAGACAGUCGGUGAAGAAAUCGGUGUCGCCCCAGAAGUCAUCCUGGAGACGUCUCAUGGCCGCCGGAGUAUAGACAUCUUGAAGAUCCUUGCACCUGAAAAGGCCAAUUGGGAAUAUGUCACGAAAAUGGAGGCUGAGCUCCCGAAGCGGUACGCCGACGACGUGGUGGAGAUCCCCGGCGCCCGCUCGCUCCUCUCCUCCAUCAUCUCUGUUUCCUUCCCCUGGGCCAUCGUCACGUCUGGCACCCAGCCCCUGGUCAGGGGCUGGCUGGAGCGGCUGUCUCUUGGCACUCCGGAGCAUCUCGUUUCCGCGGAGUCUGUCGAGAACGGCAAACCCGAUCCGACCUGCUACCUCAUCGGCCUCGAGAAGCUCGGGCUGCAGGACAAGGCCGGGGAGGUCCUUGUUCUCGAGGACAGCCCAGCAGGCAUCAAGGCUGGAAAAGCGGCCGGGUGCAAGGUCCUGGGACUGGUAACGAGCCACACUGUGGAACAGGUCGUGGCGGCCGAGCCAGACUGGGUGGUCAAGGACCUCGAGAGCGUGAGGGUGGUGAGACAGGCGGACGGGAAGAUGACGCUUGAGCUGUCCAACGCGUUGCGCUUCUGA